AUGGCUCUUGAUGCAAAAUUCGAUACGGUUGACAACGAAGGAUGUACAUUACACUACUGGUACCAGGGUAGUGGGCCUCUUCUGAUCCUCGUUGCUGGUGGCGGAGGCAAUGGAGAGAUUUGGAAUGGUAUAGUGCCGCUUUUGGCUCGUCACUAUACUGUAGCAUCUUUUGAUCGACGAGGAAACUUGCGAAGUCGUCUACCAAAAGAAAAGUGCCAGCCAUUGAAUAUUCCUCAGCAGGCGCGCGAUGUUGUUGCUAUCAUCCGUGCCAUGGGUUUCAAGAAGGCACAUAUCCAUGGCAACAGUGGUGGUGGUCUCAUUGCUUUACAGCUUGCAUCGACAUACUCGGAUUUUGUCGAGCAUGUCAUCGCUCAUGAGUCGCCAACCACUGCAAUUCUCCCGGAUGCGCCACAGAAACUUGACUUUAAUGCCUCAGUCUAUGAUACGUGGCGGCAGUACGGUUCUGAUGCUGCAUGGAAAGCGUUCUCCACAGAGAUGGUUGGGUUUUCCUUUGACGGACGAGAUAUUCCACAUGAAACAGGGGAUUAUUUCUUCCAAUACGAGUAUCUGAUAUUUGGCCUUUAUACUCCAGAUCUUGAUCGAAUCAAAAGAAACAAUGGGUCGAUUGCUGUGGCCAAGGGUGAAGGAAGUGGAGAAGCAUUUUAUGCCAGGACUGUUGACAGGCAAGCGGAAAUCAUUGGUUGUGAUAAGUUGAUCUUCCCAGGGGCUCACCUGGCAUUUGCGACGAAUCCGCAGGAAUAUGGCACUGCGCUGCUGAAAGCUUUCAAAGAAUUGGAAACUAAGUCUGCCCGUAAUGGUUAG